CAAUCUUCUGCUCACUCAGCACUGUGGAAAAUCAGAAAGUGGUGAAGUUUGCAAUUUUUGUGCCGUAUUUUUCUCAAAUAUCUCCUAAAAUGUCUUGUGACACGCCUUAUUUCUACGAGGAGCAUGUCGAACUUCCUUUAAAAUGUCCGCAGGAUGCUACAGGAUUUGCUUUAGACAUCGGUUCAUCACUUGUUAAACUAGCCUACGUAACCGAAAAUACCGGUGAUGUGUCUACUGUCCGAUGUCUGACGUUCGAAGGCCAGGAUCUCGAUGCCGCUCUUGCAUUCAUCAAAGAGAAUGUCAUUCCAAAGGUUGCCGUGGCCAAUCACAAGUUUGCUCAGGGGUGUGGUCUAGGAGCCGUCUUGAAUAGGGAUAAAAUAAAAAAGGCCAUAGGGUCUAGACUCCACGAAACUUCAGAGCAUGCCUGCGUAUCGAAAGGCUUCCACUUUGCAGUGACAAAGAUGAACCCCGAUAAGGUCAUGAAACAGAUCACCGAGCUCCAUCUUCACAAGGUCGUGCGUAGUACCAAAGCUGUACCUGUUGGCGUACCAGCGAGGGGUGGACGGUGGACAUAUCAUGCAGAGCUCGAGGCCAGUAUGGAUGGGGAGAGUGAGGCUGGGGAGGUCAAGCCGCAUGUUGAUAUCACACAUCCAGUGACUGCUGGUGUCCCAGCAGGUGGUGCUCAUUGGAUCAACCCGGAAGCUGGCGGUGGUUAUGAUAUGACCAACGGAGACCAGGAUCAGAUGCAGUGGCCUUGUCUCAUUUGUAACCUGGGAUCACAGUUUAUCUAUACAUUGGUUGAUGCUGAUGGUAUCGGCACGAUUGUUCACCGCUCGGAACGCGGAGGCCUCUACUUCCACUCUCUCGGUCGCCUACUCACAAAAGCGUCGUCGUUCAAGGAACUGAAAGCCAUCGCUGCGACCGGCCGUAUCUCAAAAGCUAGUAGAUGCCUCGAAGACCUUCCAGAUGAGUGCCAUAGUCAUUUCGACCUCCAGGCUGUCGAAGAAAUUCAGAAGCUUGUCAACUGUGCUAUCCUGACUGAUCCGUUCUCAAAGGUUGUCACUGAUGGCGUGACCGAUGUGAGCAAAGAGGACAUGGCGCGUACCCUCCACGCGACCCUCUGCAACGAAGUCCUGAGCUUUACCAAUAUCCUCUCCCAGCUCCAUGGGGUCUCCACUCUCUACUUCACCGGCAACUUCAUCCGGGACAACAAAGAGUUAAAGCACCACAUCCAGAUGGCGCCAGUCAUGGAUAAGGUGCUGCAGAACCCGAUGACGCCUAAGGCAGUCUUCAUGAGGCAUUGUGGAUACCUGGGAGCGAUAGGAGCCCUCAUCCUCGGGGUCGAGAAAGUCCAACACGGCUGGUAGAAAUGGGGGACGUUAAUCCUCGUAUAAGGGAACACAAAAUAAAUUGUUUGGUUGCCUGGGAACUUUCACUCUCCCCAUCCCAUGUUCUGAAAUCAUGAAAAAUUCACCCUCAGUUUACUCCAGGGUCAGUAAGGUGUGCGAGGGGAGGAGCAUAUGAUUGACUCUGGUGUUCAAGGAUGAGUGUGUCCUUACAGGACCUACUGCUGAUUUUCAUAUGAGGAAUCUGACAAUUUGGUUUGGAGUGUCUUUUGAUGUUGGUGUGAUUUGAUGAAAAUGUUGAACAGUAAACCGACCAAUAUUUGCCAAAAUUUGGCAAAUCACAGUAAUUCGAUUUGCUGCAAUGUAUUAGCUAAAUAGUGUGAGAACAUGGAGAAAUUUGGUGCUUGUUGGGUUUUUUGUUUCUUUAAGUGUUCUGGGUAUUGUGUGUGUGUGACACAAUACAAUAAACCACAAAUUUUUUGUAAAUUGCAAAAAAAUUAUUGAAAAAAAACUAUUUUUCACAAUUCUUAUUUGGCAGGUUACGAAAUUUGUUUUUUUGUUUCUGAUAAAAAAUGAUAUCCUUGCAAAUGUUAUUUUUGUUUUUGAGAUUAUUUGCGAAACUUGCAAGAAUAUCAUGCUUGCAAAAAUUUGGUGAUUUAUGGUAUUUGUCGAAAGAUUUCAAACAAGGUUGAGGGGACAUAAUUCAAAGGACUUGUUGGUGAAGACUGAAGUGUAUGCGUUUAGUUAUUGUUAAUAUCUUGUAUUCUUAAUGUGCUAAAGCUGGCCACCAUCCAGUAGUGCUUGGCCGCAAAAACCUUGCAAAUUUGCAGCUUAUAGUGUUGAUUUUACAUGAUCACUCUAAAAUAUCAUUAUUUUAUCAAAUUAUUGUGAAAUUUGUAUAAAGUUCUAGGCAUCAGCUAAAGACAGUCUAAGACAUACUAUGCAAGUUCACUCAGGUGGUUUUGAUUUAUUGAGAACGUGUAUAUGAAGCAUUUGAUUGUGUAUUCUCGCUUGGUAGUUUUGAUAGUCAGUUUAAUUUUGCAUUUAUGUUUUCUAAUUCUUACGAGAUCUUUCGUAUACAUUUGACCAAUCAUUGAGUUCUGAGGAACCAGGACUUGGCAUUUUCAGAUUGAAAAAGCAAGCUGUACUAAGAAAUGUCCUUAUAGGACUUGUAAAGUCUAAGUUGUAUUCAUCAUAAAGGAGGCGUGUCAAGGUAAUGCUGCACUGGACUGAUUUAAUUUACUUUGAAGUUCCUAGGCAGCUGACACACCAUCUAGAAGUCGUGGGUUUAGGGGGUGGCGUGCGACACCUUUUCGGUGGAGAUCAACAAUCUUUUAGGGCACCUCUCUCCAAGGAGCAAAGAACUCUCCUAAUUUUUCGCCCCUUGAUGCUCGGAAAACUUAUAUUUUGUACUUAAAUUUUCAAUUUUUCUGGAUGUGGCCCAGAGGCUCCCUUGUAACCUAGUUGAUAACUUUGCUUUUCUCUCGCUGCCCCCCUCCCCCAUAACGAAUUUCUAGAUCCACCACUGUGUAGUGUGUGCUAACAGUUGGUACAAUUUCAGAUUCAUUUUAGCCCUGCCCUCUAUAGGUAAACUCUGUACUCUACAUUUGGGUCGUCCAAGCAAGAUUUUGCAACACUCCUUCUUUAAACUUUGAAUAAACUAGAAUUUCAGUGUGACUUGUACACAAAUUGUUUGUUAAUGGCUGAAUAAAUGUAAAUGAGAUAUUUUCAUCAUAAACAUA